CAGAUUUGGCUGAAGAAGUGUUAGCGAUUGCUGUUCGUGUUUAAAAAAAGAUGAUAGAAGUUGCUAACCUUCAUAUAAAAUAUGGUUAUGGAGCUCGGGGACAACAUGUGCUGUUCGUGGUUGUACGUACAACAGACGACACUUAAUGAGUGGCUUAAAUGGGAGCCCUUCGAUCAUAAACCUGAAACUAAAUCAGACUGUUCCUGUCAGCGAUGGUACAAUUUCCAUCGCCUCCCACAAGACGACAAGGCAAACGGAAAUUGGAUAAAGAGCUUAAACUUAAAAAAGCUCCCUCAAACUCUUUAUAUUUGCUCAUCUCACUUUGUUGAUAAGAAGCCAAUGCUGGAUAACCCUUACCCAACACCUUCUCUGGGUUACGAGAGGCCACCUGAGAAGAAGAGCUGCCGGCUCAUCAGGACUCACCAUGUCACAACAACAGGUGAGUCUGGUGAGAUGGAGGUUUCUGAGGAGCCAGGUCCUAUUUAAAAGACUUUUCAUGAUGCCCAAACACAGUGGGCAGACCCAGCAACUGAGGACUACAGCUACUCCAAAGGAGCAACCAUCACAUAUGGCUUGACAACAACACCAUCCCCCGAGAGGUCGCUGUCUGUUGCAGAUGUUACACUGAAAGAUGAUGCAGACUGCCUGCUGUACACAGGGAUUCCAUUGCUAGAGAUCAACACUCUUGUGUCUUGCUUACAAGGUUUUGCCCCCAUAUCUCAUCAAUGCCAGUUGUAGACCAAAUCCUGUUGAUACUAAUGAAACUUAGACAGAAUAAAAUGUAAAAUGUAAAUACUCAAGUAAUGUAUAAGUACCUCAAAACUGUACUCAAGCACAAUACUUGACUAAAUGUACAUAGUUAGUUGUGAGAUUUGAUGUUUUGUGCCACAACAACAACAACA